CCUCCCUCCCCACCCCACCCCACCCCCUGCGGCGGGGCCGGCCGCCGUCCCGGCCCCAGGAUGCAGAAUGUGAUCAACACAGUGAAGGGAAAGGCGCUGGAAGUGGCCGAGUACCUGACCCCGGUCCUCAAGGAGUCAAAGUUUAAGGAAACAGGUGUUAUCACCCCAGAAGAGUUUGUUGCAGCUGGAGAUCACUUAGUCCAUCACUGUCCAACAUGGCAAUGGGCUACAGGGGAAGAACUGAAAGUGAAAGCAUACCUACCAUCAGGCAAACAAUUUUUGGUCACCAAAAAUGUGCCGUGUUAUAAAAGGUGCAAGCAGAUGGAAUAUUCAGAUGAACUGGAAGCAAUCAUCGAAGAAGAUGAUGGUGAUGGGGGAUGGGUAGAUACUUAUCAUAACACAGGUGUUACAGGAAUCACCGAAGCAGUUAAAGAGAUUACAUUGGAAAGCAAGGACAGUAUGAAACUCCAAGAUUGCUCAGCAUUGUGUGAGGAAGAAGAAGAGGAAGAGGAGGGAGAAGCUGCAGAUAUGGAAGAAUAUGAAGAGAGUGGACUUUUGGAAACAGAUGAGGCUACUCUCGACACAAGGAAAAUAGUAGAGUCUUGUAAAACCAAAACUGAGGCUGGAGGUGAAGAUGCUAUUUUGCAAACCAGAACAUAUGACCUAUACAUCACUUAUGAUAAAUAUUACCAGACACCUCGACUAUGGCUGUUUGGCUAUGAUGAGCAACGACAGCCUUUAACAGUUGAGCACAUGUAUGAAGAUAUUAGUCAAGAUCAUGUGAAGAAAACAGUGACCAUUGAAAAUCACCCUCAUCUCCCACCGCCUCCUAUGUGUUCAGUUCACCCAUGCAGGCAUGCUGAGGUGAUGAAGAAAAUCAUUGAGACUGUUGCUGAAGGAGGGGGAGAACUUGGUGUUCAUAUGUAUCUUCUAAUUUUCUUGAAAUUUGUACAAGCUGUCAUUCCAACAAUAGAAUAUGACUACACAAGACACUUCACAAUGUAAUGAAGAGAGCAUAGACCCUCUCCUAAUUAUUAGUUCUGAUUUUUAAAGGAAUAACUCAUAGAUGUUACCAUUGACCAUAUUCACCUAUAUAUAAUUUCUCUAAUAAAGGGACUUACAUGUUUAUGCAUUAAGUAGUUCCACUACCAGCCUUAUUUGUUUAAUAAAAAUGAAUGCAAAGAGA